GAUGUUGAGUCACAUGAUAUCGGUGGCGAGUGAUCACGUGUCUUUUUUUACAGCCGGGUAAUCUGUAGCUCAGCCCUGUCUAGAAUUUAUUUUCCUCCUAAAACGGUUGUAUUUCAUCAAUAUACGGAUAUAUUUUGAGGCCUCAAUAUGCCUAUAUUCUCGGAGCUGUAUUUUAAUGUGGAUAAUGGUUACUUGGAAGGGUUGGUCAGGGGUUUUAAGGCUGGAAUUCUUUCACAGGGAGACUAUCUAAAUCUCGUCCAGUGUGAAACCCUGGAAGACCUGAAACUCCAUCUGCAGAGCACGGACUAUGGCAGCUUCCUGGCCAACGAGCCGUCCCCCCUCACCGUGUCCGUCAUCGACGACAAGCUCAAAGAGAAGAUGGUGGUGGAGUUCCGGCACAUGAGAAACCAGUCCUACGAACCGCUGGCAAGCUUCAUGGACUUCAUCACGUACAGCUACAUGAUAGACAAUGUGAUCCUGCUGAUCACGGGCACCCUGCACCAGCGGGCCAUCUCUGAGCUGGUACCUAAGUGCCACCCGCUGGGCAGCUUUGAGCAGAUGGAGGCAGUCAACAUCGCCCAGACCCCAGCAGAACUUUACAACGCCAUCCUGGUCGACACCCCUCUGGCUGCUUUCUUCCAAGACUGCAUAUCUGAGCAGGAUCUGGAUGAGAUGAACAUCGAGAUCAUCCGUAAUACUCUGUAUAAGGCUUAUCUGGAGGCUUUCUACAAGUUCUGCUCCACUCUGGGAGGAACCACUGGUGACACCAUGUGUCCUAUUCUAGAGUUUGAGGCGGACAGGAGGGCCUUCAUCAUCACCAUCAACUCAUUUGGUACGGAACUGUCUAAGGAGGACCGUGCCAAGCUGUUCCCCCACUGUGGCAAGCUGUACCCUGAGGGGCUGGCUCAGCUUGCCCGCGCUGACGACUACGAACAGGUCAAAGCUGUGGCCGACUACUACCCUGAAUACAAGCUCCUGUUUGAGGGAGCAGGCAGCAACCCAGGGGACAAGACACUGGAGGACAGGUUCUUUGAGCAUGAGGUGAAGCUGAACAAGCUGGCGUUCCUGAACCAGUUCCACUUCAGCGUGUUCUAUGCCUACGUCAAGCUGAAGGAGCAGGAGUGCAGGAACAUCGUGUGGAUCGCUGAGUGUAUCGCUCAGAGGCACCGCGCCAAGAUAGACAACUACAUCCCCAUCUUCUGAUCUGAACACACACACACCAGUACCUCCCUACAUUCUGAUCUGAACACACACACACACCAGUACCUCCCUACAUUCUGAUCUGAACACACACACACACCAGUACCUCCCUACAU